CACGAGAACAUCUACAAUCUUCCCAACUUCCUCACCGUCACUCGAUUGUUCGCUGCACCUGCCACUGCGUAUCUAUUCCUGCAUGAUCACUAUGCUUGGGCCCUCGGGCUCUUCGCAUAUGCAGCAAUCACAGACCUGGUGGACGGGUGGAUCGCGCGGAAAUGGAAGCUGCAAACAGUGGCUGGCAGUGUGAUCGACCCAAUGGCCGAUAAAGCACUGAUGAUCAUUCUCACAGUCACCCUGGCGGUGAAAGGAGCGAUACCGCUUUAUCUGGCGACUUUGAUUCUUGGCAGAGAUGCAUCUCUUGCAGUGGCUGCAAUAUACUACCGCUAUGCUUCGCUUCCGGCGCCAAAAACGCUGCUCCGUUAUUGGGACUUUUCGCUACCUUCAGCCGAGGUACAUCCCACCACGGUCUCGAAGUACAAUACCUUCCUGCAGCUCAUCCUUAUCGGCUCCACCCUCGCGCUACCAGUGAUAACUGCUGGUGACUAUGAAACAGGCAUACUGCAGAGUCUGGACUUGAACACGGACCAUUUGCACUCUGCAAUGAGGUAUUUCCAAUGCCUGGUGGCUGCCACUACAGCUUGGAGUGGUCUCAGCUAUGCUUACCUCAAGAAUGUGGUCACGAUUCUAGGCUCCAACGAAGAAUUGAAGGCCAAGCAAGGGUCUAGAGGCAGAGCCAUUAUUGGUACAACAUUCGGCAGCUGUGUGAUCGCUGCGGCCUGGCUUGCUUGGAACGUCGACCAAGUCGUCCAAGAUGGAGCAGAGUCAGAACAUGCCAAGAAAGAGACAUAG